AUGGGACUGCUCUAUUUCUUCUUGGCAUUACAAAUCUACUAUCAAGUUCAAACAAGUACCGGUGCACUGACAGCAUGUGGAAGCAAUCAGUUCACGUGUGCUAAUGGGAGAUGCAUCACCAUAAGAUGGAUGUGUGAUGGUGCAGAUGACUGUGGAGAUGGCACGGACGAGUUUCAUGACACCUGCAUGGCCAAAACAUGUAGACCAUCAGACUUCAGUUGCAAUGGCCGCUUUCGCCAGUGUAUCCCAAACACUUGGCGCUGUGAUGGGAAAGCAGACUGUGAAGACGGAGCUGAUGAAGAGAGAUGUGAACCUAAAAACUGUACAAACACUGAGUUCCGUUGCACAAAUGGCCAGUGUGUGUCUACAUCCUUUGUGUGCGACGAUGAAACAGACUGCGACGACGGCAGUGAUGAGGCCUCCUGCCCACUGGCCACGUGCAGUGUCACUUCUUUUCAGUGCAAUAAUAGCAUUUGCAUCCCACGUCUGUGGGCCUGUGACGGCGAUGCCGACUGCGCAGAUGGCUCGGAUGAGUGGCCCCAGAACUGCGGUACGACGGCACCUGCCUCUUCUUCAGCUCACGACUGCUCUUCCCUGGAAUUUCACUGUGGUAGUGGAGAGUGCAUUCACGGGAAUUGGAAGUGUGAUGGAGAAGCUGACUGCCGUGACCGAUCCGAUGAAAGUGACUGCGUACGCCGCACAUGCCGUCCUGAUGAGUUUCAGUGUGAUGAUGGCACUUGCAUUCAUGGAAGCCAUCAAUGCAACUAUCGGUUUGACUGCAGGGACAUGAGUGAUGAAAGAGGCUGUGUCAAUGCAACUCAAUGUGACACUGUGACCAGAUUUAAGUGUCAAAGUGGGGAGUGUAUCAGCAAGGAUAAGCUUUGUAACAAACAGCGUGACUGCAGGGAUUGGUCAGAUGAGCCAAUAAGAGAAUGUGGCUUCAAUGAAUGUCUCUUCAACAAUGGUGGCUGCUCUCAUGUCUGCAACGACCUAAAAAUCGGUUUUGAGUGUCUUUGUCCUACUGGAUAUGAACUGGUCAAUAAAAAUCACUGUGAAGAUAUUGAUGAGUGCGCCAACCCGGACACCUGCAGCCAGAUCUGCAUUAACCAGAUAGGCAGUUACAAAUGCGACUGCGAAGACGGUUACCAAGUUGACCCAUCAACCAAAGCCUGCAAGGCCAUUGGUACAAUCGCUUAUCUUUUCUUCACCAAUCGCCAUGAAGUAAGAAAGAUGACCUUGGACAAAAGUGAGUACACGCAGGUCAUCCCCCGUCUGAAGAAUGUCGUGGCUCUGGACAUGAACAUCGCUACGAAAGACAUCUACUGGUCAGAUAUAUCCCAAAAGAAAAUUUACAGAGCUCCAAUGGAUUCAGCGCAGGACUCCACUCAUCACACUGUUUUGGUUUCUAAUGACAUCGAUGCCCCUGAGGGUAUUGCCUUUGACUGGAUCCAUAGCAACCUGUAUUGGACUGAUAGCAUUCGUAGCAUCAUCUCUGUGGUAACUGCUGAUGGUCGUCGUCGUAAGACUCUCUUCUCCCAAGGCUUAUCUAAACCCCGUUCAAUCGUUGUUGACCCCUACAGCAACUUCAUUUACUGGACAGAUUGGGGAAAUCCUGCUAAAAUCGAAAAAGGUGGUCUGAAUGGAGGUGAUCGCAUCGCUCUGGUCACUGACAACAUUGUGUGGCCCAAUGGAAUCACGCUUGACCUGUUAAACCAGCGACUCUACUGGGUGGACUCAAAGUUACACACCCUUUCCAGUAUCGACGUGCAGGGUGGGGGGAGGCACACUCUCAUUAUUGAUGAAAACAAGCUGAGCCACCCUUUGGGAAUUACCGUGUUUGAGGAACGAGUGUUCUGGACAGACGUCAGCAACAAUGCCAUCUUCAGUGCUAAUAGGUUGACUGGUACAGAUAUCUCUCCAGUGGCAGAGCACCUGUCAUCUCCAGAAGACAUUAUUCUGUACCAUAACCUUAAACAACCAGCUGGUAUAGACUGGUGUCAGGUUUCCAAUGGUGGCUGUGAAUUCAUGUGCCUGGGAGCGCCUCAAGUGGGCAGACGUCCACCUAAAUACACCUGUGUCUGUCCUGAUAACAUGAUGCUAGCAAGUGAUAUGAGGAGAUGUGUACCAGUGGCAUCAACAUCUGCAGCUCCAGUGCAACCCCAGAUUCCAACCACCAACCAACCUGUACUAGCCACAAAUCCACCCAUAUCCCACACCUCUAUUGCUCCCAUUACAAGCACAAGGCUUGUGAUGAAGACGGAACAGAGCACCACGAGGCCUCUGGUCAGAACAACCACACCUGGAGUCAAGAAAACUACACCACAGCCAGCAAAACCCAAAUCCCACCAGACCACCACACAAACUCCAGUCAUUUCUCAAGACAUUCCCAAAGAGUCUUCUGCGGUGGAGCCCAAAUCUUCUAGCACCCCAAUUGCUUUGUACAUCGUCUUACCUCUGGCAAUCGUUUGUAUGCUGACUUUUGGAGGCAUUCUACUAUGGAAGAACUAUAAGCUAAAGAACACCAACACGAUUCACUUUGACAACCCUGUCUAUCAAAAAACAACGGAGGACCAAGUGCACAUUUGGAGGAACCACAGCACUGAUGGUUAUUCCUAUCCAAAGAAACAAGUUGUGAGCAUGGAUGAAGAGGCGGACAACCCAAUGUUUACUGAAAACUAA